CAAAAUCUUUGAAAUAAACCUGCAUCAAAUUCAGAAGGAUCGGUUUCACGACAACAGUAGUUUGCUGUCGCGUGUUUUGCGACUGUCUGGAAAGUAAAAAACGGGUUCUAGGUUGGACAAAUUCAUACUUGUUCAGUCCAUGCGUGUACUUGUGUGGCAGUAGAGACGGAAACAUCUCCCCGUGCCUGGUUUUCCGUCCUUCAUCAUGGCGGAAGGCUACAGUUACCAAACUGGAAAGCGAAACACUUUCCACGUUGUCGACUAUGUCAUCUUCGGCGGCAUCCUUGCCAUAUCCGCCUCCAUCGGUAUCUUCUACGCCAUCCGCGACAGAAAAAAGAAUAAUAUCCGCCAGUUUCUCAUGGCAGGGAAGGAUAUGAACCCAAUUCCCGUGGCGUUAUCGUUGUUGGCGAGCUUCAUGUCGGCGAUCACGUUGCUUGGGGCGCCGGCGGAGAUGUACAACUUCACGACGAUGUACUUCUGGAUCGGUCUCUCCUACUUCUUCGUCGUUGCCGGAGCUGCUCACAUCUUCAUUCCGAUAUUCUACAACCUUAAGGUUACCAGUGCUUAUGAAUAUCUCGAGUACCGGUUUGGGAAAACAGUCCGUACUGCUGGUUCCAUGACAUUCGUGGUACAGAUGGUGCUGUACAUGGCCAUUGUGCUGUAUGCCCCUUCCCUUGCGCUGAACGCCGUCACCGGUUUUACCCUCUGGGGCUCCGUCAUAUCCGUCGGAGUUGUCUGCACACUCUACACAACACUCGGCGGGAUGAAGGCGGUGUUGUGGACAGACACCUUCCAGGUGGGGAUGAUGUUCGCGGGGCUGUUAGCGGUCCUCAUCAAGGGGUCCAUGGUUCUCGGGGGGUUCGCCAAUGCCUGGGAGAUCGCCGCCCGCAACGAGAGAGUCAUCUUCGAUGACUUCAGUCCUGAUCCAUCCGUACGUCACAGCGCGUGGGCUCUCGUGAUUGGUGGAUACUUCACAUGGGUGGCCAUCUACGGAACCAAUCAGGCACAAGUUCAGCGUGCGUGCACGUGCCCCACUUUGAAGAAAGCUCAGCUGGCCAUGUGGAUCAACUUUCCCGGCCUCUGCUUCAUCCUCUACAUCUGCUGCCUCAUCGGCAUCGUCAUAUACGCCUUCUACAGCACGUGCGACCCCAUCUCCUUCAAACUGGUCAGCGCAUCGGACCAGCUCCUCCCCCUGUUUGUGAUGGACGUGCUGGGUGACAUCACGGGACUUCCGGGUCUGUUUGUGGCCUGCAUCUUCAGUGGCGCCCUCAGCACCGUGUCCUCGGGGCUCAACUCCCUGGCGGCAGUCAUCCUGGAGGACGUGGUCAAAUCCUACAUCGCCAAGGACCUGACUGAAGAGCGGGCCACCCUCAUCUCCAAGAUCAUAGCACUGGUUUUGGGCGUCGUGUGUUUGGGCUUGACGUACGUUGCCUCUGUCCUGGGUAGCGUUCUACAGGCGGCGCUGUCUCUCUUCGGCAUGAUUGGCGGACCACUCCUCGGGCUGUUCACGCUGGGGAUGAUGUUCCCCUGGGCUAACAAGUGGGGAGCCGGCGUCGGUCUGGGCACAAGCCUCGUCAUGUUGUUCUGGAUCGGUAUAGGAGCUCAGGUGCACAAGCCCCCUCAACCCAAGCCACCUAUCAACACCACGGGCUGCAACUGGAACCUCACUACCACAAUGGCACCUGUCACCGUGUCUGGUGUCAUGUCCUCCAUAUCCACCAUCGCCACGACCACAGCCAACAACGCCACAACCAUAGCAGCUACCGUAGAAAGGUCGCCUGACUACUACCUCUACACCCUGUCCUAUCUGUGGUACAGCGCCACCGCCGUCCUCAUCGUCGUCGUCGUCGGUCUCGUCGUCAGCUUCAUCACGGGUCACACGAGGGCGUCCGACGUCGACCCCCGCCUCAUCUGCCCAAUCUUCGACAUCCUCUUCCCCUUCAACUUCCUCCCGGAGUCCAUCAGAAAGCCGCUGCGUUUCGGCAUCAACCACGAAGGGAAGUAUGACCGGCCCAGCUUGUCCUGCAACAAGACCCCUGCGGAGUUGAAGGCCGGCGAGCAGUACCGACACAGCGGCGGACCGGUGCCCAUCGGCAUACACGCGGCAGAGAAAGGGGAGGGGCUGGACAAGAACGGACAUGCCAUGAACGGGCUGGACAGGGGGUCCGACAAUCCAGGAUUCGACCCACCGCCGUACAGCGAAACGUCUGAACUACCCAGUACGCGGCUAUGAUAAAGACUUUAAUGGUGCAUAGUAUACAGCAGUACCAUCACACAUAUAUUCGACAUCUCUAACAAAUCCCCGUGACUGCGGCAUGUGCGACUACCCAUAGUAUUGUUACGGCGCUACGUGUACACUCGGGACGAGGGCCUGUGGUGUUCAAGGUGUGAUGGCCGGACGUAUACCAGCGUGGAUUCAGAUGAUGGCAGUGUUGUUUGGUGUUAGAUUAACAAACGGAGCAAAUGCAUCUACAUGGAAAAAGGGCAGGUGGUGCGAUUAAAGGACGAAAAUGUCGGGAAACAUUUUACUUUUGUAACAAUGAAUCUUAAUUUGAAAAAAAAUAAGUCACGAACUGAUUUAGUUAUAUAUCUUUGUAUACGUCAUCAGUCAAACAAAAGGGAGGCAGCGCGUAUCCCCUGCAGCAUCCCCCCUCCCCACCCCCAUUACCACCACCACCCCCGAUCCCAGCCCCAUGUGUUUGUUCAUCCUUAAAACAGAAACUCUUCCCAGUGUCUGGGACUCUUCCAACACAUGAUCUGGAUUGAGUGUUUUCAACUGAUACUGCAAUGCUCCUGUAUAUACAGAUAUAAGUCGCUUGUGUUAUUGUACAACUAAAGAAAGUUUAAAUACAUAGGUGAUGUUUUGAGGUAAAGAGACAUUAGACUGCCUACAACUGAACUUUUGUUAAAUGUGGGACACGCCCACUCCAAUGUCCAUGCUGUCAUGUCACCAGUCCCACUGCGUUGCAGAUUUGUCGGAUUUUACAUUCUUAUUUUUAGAUAUGUUCACUCUGUAUUGUUUUAUAUUUGGAAUAAAGUGUAUUUCAUUA